AUCCUCUUGUUUUGUGACAAGGUGUGGCUGUGUUUCCCUUGUUAAGACUGGCCCAGCCCUCCCUAGGUAGAUCUAGCCGAACUUGCCUCUACCUCUCAAUACAGACAUGCACCAUCGUGCCCAGCCCAUAUGAGUUCGGAAAAAUACAAGUAAUGCACAGUACUUGCAAAUGGACCAGAAUAAAAUAAACACCAGCGAAUGGAUACAGGCGCUGUAGAAAUUCAGUAUGGCUACACACACACACACACACAUACACACACACUUUAAGUAGUGUUACGUAGCUCUGGGGGCCUGGAACUCAAGAGAUUUGCCUGACUCUUACCUUUUGAGUGCUGAAUUAAAAGUGUGUACCACCAUACAAAUAUAUUUUUAUUUUUAAUUUCGUGUAUUAUGUGUUCGUGCACGGAUCCCAAAAAAGCUGGAAUUACAGUCAGCUGUAAGCCGCCUGAUGCUGAGUGAGCCCUCUUCUCCAGCCCUUACGAAAUAUCAAAAAGUUAACGGUAAAGUCUUCACUAAAAUAUUUCAACUUUUCUGUAUACUUGAGUGUGUGCAUAACCUAAAACUGGUGGGGAAAAAAAUUACUGUAUUGUGCUGUGCUCUGGGGGCCGCCAUUUCUUUUGCUUUUUAAUACAGAAAGCACUCCAAAGACGAGCGAGGUCUCGGUGAACUGCGCCCGGUCUCUGGACGGAAAGCUGUGCUCCUGGAAUGCAAUCGAGGCCUGCUUGCGAAACGCCAAAACCUCGAGAGCGAGGCCGCGGGCCCAGCCUCCAGGGUAGGGCGGGCGCGGCCCUCCGCAGAGAGGAUGCUGGCGGGGGCCAGGGCUGUCUCCGGCCAGCACGAGGCUCGGGCAGAGCCGACUUCCAGGAGGGCGGAAGCCUGAAGCGUCGGAUUUCAGAGCGGGGCGGGGGAGUCGCCCACGCAGCCGGCCGCCCGCAGCCCUGAUCCCGAGCAGGCGUGCGCCGUGGGCAUCUCGGGCCGCGGGAGCGAGUGGAGGAUGCUGGGAAAGAGGUAACAUGGCCACCGGCGGAGGAGCGGAGGAGGAUCGACAGCGGGGCCGGCUGCAGCUCUCGCUGCCCGCGCGGCCCACGGCCCGCGCCGAGGAAGCCGAGGGCGUCCGCGAGAAGAUGGGCUGGGCGCAGGUAGUUAAGAACCUGGCGGAGAAGAAGGGCGACUUCCGCGAGCCGCGGCGGCGCGACGACGCGGGCAGCGGUGCGAGUGGCGGGCUCUGCAGCCCUUCGGGCCUGGUCACCCAGAACCCCGGCGACUUCCCACCCGCCAGCCGCGGGGACCCAAAGGGCCGCCGUCGAGACCCUGCGGGCGAGGCGGCAGACGCCUGCAGGAAGAAGGGCACGGGAGACGCGAGUCGAAGGAAGAAGACCGAGGUGACGGCGGCCAUGGCGACCCCCGCCAGGCCCGGGGCGACCGAAGACGCCACUGAGCGACCGCUACAGGACGAGCCUCCGGCCGCCGGCCCGGGUAAGGGCCGCUUCCUCGUGCGCAUCUGUUUCCAGGGAGACGAGAGUGCCUGUCCGACCCGGGAUUUCGUGGUGGGCGCGCUCAUCCUGCGCUCCAUCGGCAUGGACCCCGACGACAUCUACGCGGUCAUCCAGAUCCCCGGCAGCCGCGAGUUCGACGUGAGCUUCCGAUCCGCGGACAAGCUGGCCCUGUUUCUCCGCGUCUACGAGGAAAAGCGGGAGCUGGAGGACUGCUGGGAGAACUUUGUGGUGCUGGGGCGGAGCAAGUCCAGCUUGAAGACCCUCUUCAUCCUCUUCCGGAACGAGACCGUGGACGUGGAGGACAUCGUGACCUGGCUCAAGCGCCACUGCGACGUGCUGGCCGUGCCGGUGAAAGUGACCGACAGGUUUGGGAUCUGGACCGGGGAGUACAAGUGCGAGGUCGAGCUGCGCCAGGGGGAGGGCGGAGUGAGGCACCUGCCCGGGGCCUUCUUCCUGGGAGCGGAGAGGGGCUACAGCUGGUACAAGGGGCAGCCCAAGACGUGCUUUAAAUGUGGUUCCCGGACCCACAUGAGCGGCACCUGCACGCAGGACAGGUGUUUCCGGUGCGGGGAAGAGGGGCACCUGAGCCCUUACUGCCGGAAAGUCAUCGUGUGCAACCUCUGUGGCAAGAGAGGACACGCCUUUGCCCAAUGUCCCAAAGCCGUUCACAAUUCCGUGGCAGCUCAGCUCACCGGAGUGGCGGGGCACUGAACGCGCGUCUGCCCGCUGGGGCGAACACACAGCCAGCUUACCCUUCUUAAGUGCCAAAACUUUUUUUUUUAAAGACCUUUUCUUUCUUUUUAUCCUUUUGGAAGGAAAUAUUUUUAAAACCUGAAAGAGACAUUCUCUCUAUGCCUUUUUAAAACCACGUGUGCUCCUUUUCAGCCUGUUUGAAACGGCGAAUUUUACCAAUAAGGACUAUUUUGGAACUGUAGCGUGCAGAUACGUCGCCUGCCUCCCCUCACCACCUUUUUUCUCCCGUUUUGCAUUUGUUUUGGUACUUUCGCCAACACCUGGACCACUUUGUACUUUUUACUACCUCCCUCCUCAUACGUUGCCUCUUUAGAAAAUUUUUGCCCUUUGGGCUGCCUUGCUCAUCUCUCUGCCUCAGUCGUAUGCCUCCCCUUCCCACUCCCCCCCAGAAAAGGGCCCAACGCGGGGUAGCCACUCCACCAAGACUCGAAAAAGUCUCGACUGGCUUCGGUUAAGAGUGCCUACCUUCCGCAGCUCUCCGCUGGGCUCUUUUCAUUUGCUGCUUCUGUGAUACCAGAAUUUGUGAAAACAGUGUUGCUUAUAAACGUGUGAUCUGAGUAAGCUCAGAAUGGUGGCCACGGGCCUCUCAUAGGGGAGAAGCAUAUCUACUUUGUGACAGCUCCUUGCGGUGGCUCAGAAGCCGAUUUCUGCAGGAGCAUGGAGCCCAGGCAUUCCUGCUGAGAAAGACCCAAGCGGUGGUUUUUCGUUGGAUUUUCUUUGGGGGAGGUUGCUUUUGUUUUGUGCUUUGAUGUGAGAUGGGGUCUCACUGUGUAGCCCUGACUGGCUUGGAACUGGCUGCCUUGGUAGGCCAGUCUGGCUUCAAAUUUACAUACAACGAUCCUCUCACCUCCGCCUUUCUGAAAGGUGUUUUAAAAUUAACCCCUUGAUUCUCCAGCAGAUGAAUCAAAGUACACAGCUGUGUGGUGCCUCAGAUAGUCCAGAGUAAGAGUCCCUGACCCCCAGCCCGGUGCUCACCCCCACUACCUCUCUCACUUGACCACAGUCUCCUCGACACUGGUGGGCCAAGGAAGUCUGCUCCCUCCAGGGUGGUGCCAGCAAGAAGCUGAGAAGCCAUCCCCUGAGAGAGCAGAAAGGGAAAGCUUGUCUUGCCACUCCAUAGUACUAGGAAGCAGGGAAAGGACCAGCGAACAGACUCGAGGACUGCAUCUUACAUGUUCCAGGGCCUUCCCCUGCCACUGUCCUCAGUGAAAAAUGGUUCCCCUCAGUAAAGAAACUUGCCAGACGUUUACACUUGCACCUCUGCCUCAGCUGCUAGGACCCCUAGAGAAGCCAGAGAGCGCAUCCGAAACCUUGGGCCUCUGCCUCUCAGGAGAAAGCUGUUUUUAACCCGGAAUCAUGAGUGUUCUUGGGGAAACAGGCCAAGACAGAGGGCCUGGGUCCACUCCGUGUUCUCCAGUCGAGGUGAAAGACAGUAACUGCUUUCUUCAGUUUUUGUCUUCUCUUUGCUGUUUUGCUAUUUCCUUGUGGCUUAGAAUGUAAAACCAAUUGUUCAGAUUUGUUCUGAAUAAAUAUUUAUCUUUCGUAUUACUAACUGUGUAUUUUUCUCCCCUAAGUGUUAGAUGAAGCUGCAUACCCUUCUUCCCUACAGACCUUCUGGAGUUUGCCAUUAUUGAAGCCCAGUGCAUUGGGGUUGCUCAGCUCACUGCAAAGACUAUUUUGUGUGAGCUUUUCAGGUUUGGGGAGUUUUCUUGUUGUAGGUUAUUUUGUGGUUUGUUUUUUGAGGCAGGGUUUCCUCUGUGUAGCACUGGCUGUCCUGGAAU